AUGGAUAUGGAUACCAACGAGGAAGAGAACCGCGCGCAAGAAGUGCAAGAAGAUGAAGCAACAUCGUCUUCUCCCGCAGUUACAGACCAAGCUACUGCAGGAGACGUCGCCACCCAGGCCACCCAGGCCGCCGUCUCUCCACCAGGGACACCGCCUCCCAGAUAUUCGUUCGGUCUUGAGGCCAUCACAAACAGUGGCGCCUUCCGUGCGCUCCUCGCGAUCCAGAAUCAACAAGGCGCUUCAAUCAGACCUCCUCUCCCUCGCACGGUUCAAUCUGGCGCAAACCGCCCAUCCUUCCCUCGUACUGCGCAGACUACCUCCAACAUCCCGCCGAACCCUCGCAUCUCCAUGACAAGUCCGAGUGCUCUAUUAGAUGAAUGGAUGCGUACGAUGCCGGAGAGAGAGCGUGCGGAGCUGAAUCGUCGUAUUGAGCAAGUCUUGUCACGAUUGCCGACCUUCGCAAUCAACAGCGAUCCUGCAGCGAGUGCGACUCACACCACUUACGCUCUUCGCAAGGAGAGACUGGCUGAGGACUGCGCCAUCACUCGUUCUCCCAUCACGAGACCUUGCGAGACGGUCUGCGGUCACAUUUUUCAGGCGGAGGCCAUGGCUCGCUCCUGGUUGCGGGAUAGGCUCUGUCCAAUCUGUCGCACCCUGCUGAUUGUGUCACCAUCGCACACGCAAAGCAGUGACAUGCAUCUGCUGGAGGGAGAACUCAAGGUGAACGGUGCGGAGGAGACCGAAAACGCCGUCAGCGACGAUGUGGUUGGUGAUAAGAGUCAGAGUGUGYAGGAAGACAUCGCUGAGCCGAACGGUGACGGAGCGAUCGAUGGUAAUGCGUCGAAGUAA